AUGACCCAGCAAAUGCACAACCUGAGCCUCCUGCAGAGCAAAAAGGCGAGCAUGCCGUCAUCCCCCAACGCUGCCAAGCGGCUGUACAGGAACCUGUCGGAGAAGCUGAAGGGCAGCCACACGUCCUUCGAUGAAGCUUAUUUCCGAGCCCGCUCCGACCGCCUCAGCCUCCGCAAGGCCUCCAUGAAUUUUCAGUGCAAUGAAGCUAUGUUUGAGGCCGUAGAGCAGCAGGACCUGGAUGCUGUUCAGAUUCUUCUUUAUCAAUACACCCUGGAGGAACUGGACCUGAACACACCAAACAGCGAGGGACUCACUCCUUUGGAUAUUGCCAUUUUGACAAACAACAUCCCCAUUGCCAGGACCCUUCUACACGUUGGGGCAAAGGAAAGCCCACACUUUGAGACCGUGGAGAGCAGGUCUACACACCUGAGCACGCUGGUGCAGGAGGCCCAACAGAGAGUGGCGGAAUUGUCUGCGCAAGCAGCGAGUGAAGGGCUGGGCAUGGAGAGCACCGAGAGGGAAAAACAGCUCAAGGGCUGGGAGUGGAGGGCCAGGCUCUACCAGCGCAUGAAGGCCGGCUACGAGCAUGCCCGAGCCCCCGAGGCGCCAACCAAUGUCUGUCUCAUGGUAACGAGCAGUACAUCACUCACUGUCACCUUCCAAGAGCCCCUCAGUGUCAACUCAGCUGUGGUGACCAAGUAUAAAGUGGAAUGGAGUUCUUCAGAAGACUUUUCUCCUUUGGCUGGUGAAAUAAUUAUGGAUAAUCUUCACUCUUUGAGGUGCUCCAUCACAGGUCUCAGGACGGGCCAGAGAUAUUGUGUCCGUGUCUCAGCAUACAACGUGAGAGGAUGGGGACCUCCACGCAAAUCCACUCCUGAAUAUGCUUCACCUUCAAACUGGAAAGACUGCAGUGGAAGAGAGCCUCGGCACAGGGGACACACGGAGGCCCUGGAACGCCUCCUUCAGCAGGUUCGAGCAGCUCAUCAGCACUAUAAUUGCAGAGAAAGUUCUAAAUUACAAAAUGCUGGUCGCAAGCAAUCGGUUUCCAGAAGCCUGAAGCACCUUUUCCAUUCAUCAAACAAGUUCGUGAAGACUCUGAAACGGGGACUCUACCUAUCUGUUAUACUUUUUUACAAAGACAAUUUGUUAGUAACCAAUGAAGAUCAAAUCCCAAUUGUGGAAAUCGAUGACUCUCACAGUAGUUCAGUUAUGCAGGAUUUCCUGUGGUUCACAAAGCUGUCCUGCAUGUGGGAUGACAUCAGGUGGCUGAGGCAGAACAUGGCUGUGUCUGUGUCCUCAUCCACAGCCCUCCAGGCCAGGCAGAAGAUGCUUUCAGCAGCAGCACAGCUACAGAAUUUGCUGGGAACUCACAAUUUAGGCAGAGUUUUUUACGAGCCAAUUAAGGAUCGACAUGGCAAUAUGCUGAUAGUUACUGUAAGAGAAGUGGAGAGUCUGUACUCAUUUUUUAAUGGCAAAUGGAUGCAGGUAUCCAAACUACAAAGCCAGAGGAAAUCCCUUUCAACUCCAGAGGAGCCAACAGCAUUAGACAUCUUGCUUAUAACAAUCCAGGACAUACUUUCCUAUCACAAACGAAGUCAGCAGCGCCUCCCUCCCGGCUUGUACCUGGGUUACCUGAAACUCUGCAGUUCUGUGGAUCAGAUCAAAGUGCUUGUGUUGCAGAAGCUGCCCAAUGUCCUGUGUCACGUCAAAAUCCGAGACAACAGCAACGUCUCCAAAGAUGAGUGGGAAUGGAUCCAAACACUUUCUGGCUCAGAAUCCAUGGAAAGUAUGGAUCAUACUUCAGACUGCCCUACUCAAUUGUUCUUGUAUGAGCUCCAGACGGCAGUGAAAGCUCUCCUCAAACAGAUCAAUCUACCUCUGCAUCAGGCUAAGCACUUCCGUCUGUACACACAGGAGGUGUUGGAACUGGGUCACAAUGUCUCCUUUCUUCUCCUGCUCCCCGCCUCAGACGACGUCUGCACUGCCCCAGGACAGAAUAAUCCUUACACCCCACUCUCAGGAUUUCUUAACCUCCCUCUUCAGAUGUUUGAACUCGUUCAUUUUUGCUGUUACAAGGAAAAAUUUAUAAGCCUGUAUUGCCGCCUUUCUGCUGUCAUAGAGCUGGACUCUCUGAAAACCCAGCAGUCCCUGAGGGAAGCAAUUUCAGACAGUGAAGUCGCUGCAGCCAAACAAAGACACCAGCAAGUUAUAGACUGCAUACAGCAAAUUGAUGAGAUAUGGAGGGACAUGAGAUGGAUCACAGAAGCACUGCAGUAUGCAAGAUACAAGCAGCCAGCAGCAGGCCUGCCCAUAAAGAAGCUUGUGGAUCUUUCAGAAGAACAUUCUCAAAAGAAAAUGAGCUCCACCUCUUCACAUCUAGAUUGUCUUCCUUCACCUCCACCUUCCCCUGAGCCUAGAAUCCAGAGGAGAAAAGCUGUGAGUGACUCCCAGCCCUGCUCGGAUGAGGAAGGCUGCUCCGAGGUGUUCCUCCCAACCGACAGUGACUACGACUCCAGCGAUGCGCUGAGCCCGAGGGAAUCAGAGCUGAUUUACUCCUCAUCCCAGGACAUCUCCCAGCAGGCUGGCAGCGGCCUGGGGGGCAGCGCACCCAACGUGCUCCAAGCCCACGACGUGAAGCCCUGCCUGGCACUGAGGGAAGUGACAGAGUGUGGUGCCUUGGACACCAGUGCUGAAUGUUGCACAGAGCAGAUGAGCAGCCUGACAAUGUCAGGGCUUACACCGAAAAGCACGGACAAGUCCUCCAGCUCUAAGCAGCCACUGGGCUUUUUAGGGAAAAAAAAGUUGGGGAAGCACCAACAUUACAACUACUUCAGCCGGCAGCACCGCUGGCUGCGCGUGCACAGCGAGUCUCAGGGGGGCUCCCUGUCUGAAGGUGUGUACACACAGCAUCCUAUGAGAUCUCCAGAUUUUUUUCAAGAACCUACCUCCAGUGAGCAGGUGAAGAUUCCCACCGAUAGGUCUCAGAGCACUUUCGUACCUCAUGCAUCCAGCCUUCCAGAGGAUGGGAAAGGCAAGUAUGAGGAAGCAAGGCAGGAUGUCCAUAGGACACAUGUGGAGCCUUAUGAAACAACAUUUCUGGAUGAAGAGGUAAAGCCCUGGGCGAUGAGCAUGGAGUCUGUGGAACACACGGAUGUGCACAGUGCUAUGCAACAGAUCACAGGUCCAGAGGAGCAGUCGGGUUCUGCUGUCCCAGAAGUUUUCAGCAGCACCCUUUAA